AAAUUUUUUAUUCGUUAAAAUUGAAUUUUGAUUAGAAUUUGCACGUCAGAGUUUAGUUUAAUAUUUUUUAAAUAAUGAGAGGAUUAAUAGCAGAAAGUGCUAAAAUUUUAAAAAUUUUUGAAAAAAGUCGUGUCGAAAGUUUUGUGUCGUGGCCGUAUGAGGAAAGUACUACAUGCGACACGCGUAAAAUGGCUGAAGCUGGUUUUUAUUGGACUGGUAAUGGAAAAGGUGAUGAUACAACUACUUGCUUUGCUUGUGGAAAAAUGCUGGAUGGAUGGGAAGCUACCGAUGAUCCGUGGUUAGAACAUAAAAAACAUGCGCCACAAUGUUGUUUUGUAAAAUUGGGAAAACCAGAGAGAAUGUUAACCAAGGAAGAAUUUCUCGAUCUGUCUUUUAAUGUGCUAUUGUUUUCAAUUCAAAGGCGAAAGGACCAUUAUCAAAGAAAAUUGAAGAUCGAAGUUAAUAAAGAGCGCGAUAAAUUUGUUUCAGCGAAUUAAACAAUAAAUUUGUGUAUAAACAAUUUUAAGGAAAUUAAAAUCUUAG